GGGAGGCGAGCAAGCGCGGCACCGCGAGCGGGCUGCGGGCAGCCGGGGACGGCAAACUUUGCUGCUCGCUGCGCUUCCCCGGUCCGGCUCCUUCUCCGCGCCUCCACGUCGCCCCCCGCACACCUCUCCCCACCCUCCCAGCCGUCCCCCGCUCUUCCUCGCCGCCUCGACUCUGCUCGGGGGCGGGGGGGGGGACUUCGAAGCGCCGGAUCGCAGCCGCCCUGCCUACUCCCCUGCUGGGGAUUUCAGACUAGACCCUUGAAGAGAAGCUGCUAUCCAAGAAGACGACAUGCUUUCUGCAACCCCCCUGUAUGGGAACGUUCACAGCUGGAUGAACAGCGAGAGGGUCCGCAUGUGUGGGAUCAACGAGGACAGGAAAAUUCCUGUAAAUGAUGGGGACGCUUCAAAAACCAGACUGGAGCUGAGGGAAGAAAAUCCCUUGAACCACACCGUGGUGGAUGCAACUACAGCCCACAGGAUUGAUGGCUUGGCAGCGCUGAGCAUGGACCGCGCUGGCCUGAUCCGCGAAGGGCUCCGUGUCCCGGGAAACAUCGUCUACUCUAGCUUGUGUGGACUGGGCUCAGAGAAAGGUCGAGAGGCUGCCACAAGCACUCUAGGUGGUCUUGGGUUUUCUUCCGAAAGAAAUCCAGAGAUGCAGUUCAAACAGAAUACACCUGAGACAGUGGAGCCGCCUGCUGUCUCUGGAAAACCCCCAAACGGCUUCAGUGCUAUCUACAAAACACCACCUGGAAUACAAAAAAGUGCCGUGCCCACAGCAGAAACGCUGGGCUUGGACAGGCCUGCAAGCGACAAACAGAGCCCUCUCAACAUCAAUGGUGCUAGUUACCUGCGGCUGCCCUGGGUCAAUCCUUACAUGGAGGGGGCCACACCAGCCAUUUACCCUUUCCUUGACUCGCCAAAUAAGUAUUCACUGAACAUGUACAAGGCAUUGCUACCUCAGCAGUCCUACAGCUUAGCUCAGCCGCUGUACUCUCCGGUCUGCACCAAUGGGGAGCGCUUUCUCUACCUGCCGCCGCCUCACUACGUCAGUCCUCACAUCCCAUCAUCCUUGGCUUCGCCCAUGAGGCUCUCCACACCGUCAGCCUCCCCUGCCAUCCCACCUCUUGUCCACUGUGCAGACAAAAGCCUACCAUGGAAGAUGGGGGUCAGUCCUGGGAACCCCGUUGAGUCACAUGCCUAUCCCCACAUCCAGAACAGUAAACAGCCUAGGGUGCCCUCUGCCAAGGCAGUCGCUAGUGGCCUGCCAGGGGACACAGCUCUCCUGCUGCCCCCCUCGCCUCGGCCUUCACCCCGUGUCCACCUGCCCACACAGCCUGCUGCAGACACCUACUCCGAAUUCCACAAGCACUACGCCAGGAUCUCCACCUCUCCCUCAGUCACCCUGUCGAAGCCAUACAUGACGGUCAGUAACGAGUUCCCCACGGCCAGGCUCUCCAAUGGCAAGUAUCCUAAGGCUCCGGAAGGGGGCGAAGGUGCCCAACCAGUUCCCGGGCAUGCCCGGAAAACAGCGGUUCAAGACAGAAAAGAUGGCGGCUCACCUCCUCUGUUGGAGAAGCAGACAGUUACCAAAGAUGUCACCGACAAGCCACUAGACUUGUCUUCUAAAGUGGUGGACGUAGAUGCUUCCAAAGCUGAGCACAUGAAAAAGAUGGCUCCCACGGUCCUAGUUCACAGCAGAGGUGGAAGUGGCUUAGUGCUCUCUGGAAGUGAGCUUCCGAAAGAAACAUUAUCUCCUCCAGGAAAUGGCUGUGCUAUCUAUAGAUCUGAAAUCAUUAGCACUGCUCCCUCAUCCUGGGUGGUGCCCGGGCCAAGUCCUAACGAAGAGAACAAUGGCAAAAGCAUGCCGCUGAAAAACAAGGCAUUGGACUGGGCGAUACCGCAGCAGCGGAGUUCUUCCUGUCCCCGCAUGGGCGGCACAGACGCCGUGGUCAGUAAUGUUUCGGGGUCGGUGUCGAGCGCAGGUCGUCCAGCCUCUGCUUCGCCAGCCCCAAAUGCCAAUGCAGAUGGCACCAAGACAAGCCGGAGCUCCAUGGACACCACACCAUCCGUCAUUCAGCAUGUGGGCCAGCCCCCGACCACACCUGCCAAGCAUAGUGGCAGCACCAGCAGCAAGGGCGCCAAAGCCAGCAACCCAGAACCGAGUUUCAAAGCAAACGAGAAUGGCCUCCCGCCAAGCUCAAUAUUUCUGUCUCCAAAUGAGGCAUUCAGAUCCCCACCCAUUCCCUACCCCAGGAGUUACCUCCCUUACCCAGCGCCUGAGGGCAUUGCUAUCAGUCCGCUCUCCUUACAUGGCAAAGGGCCUGUCUACCCUCACCCAGUUUUGCUACCCAAUGGCAGUCUCUUUCCUGGGCACCUUGCCCCAAAGCCUGGACUGCCCUACGGGCUGCCCACGGGCCGGCCGGAGUUUGUGACCUACCAAGAUGCACUGGGUUUGGGCAUGGUGCAUCCCAUGCUGAUACCACACACGCCCAUAGAGAUCUCUAAAGAGGAGAAACCAGAGAGGAGGUCCCGGUCUCACGAGAGAGCCCGUUACGAGGACCCAACCCUCCGGACUCGGUUUUCUGAGAUGUUGGAAGCCAGCAACACCAAGUUACAUCCAGAAGUCCCUACAGACAAGAACCCGAAGCCGAACCCUAGCUGGAAUCAAGGGAAAACCGUUGUCAAAAGUGACAAGCUCGUCUAUGUAGACCUUCUCCGAGAAGAACAAGAUACUAAAACAGACACAAAUGUGUCCAAACCUGGCUUCGCAGCCGAGAGUGUUGGCCAGAGCACAGAGCCCACCAAGCCCCCGGCUGACCCGGGCCUGCAGCAGCACCGGGAUUUCAUCGCCCUGAGGGAAGAGCUGGGGCACAUCAGUGACUUCAACGAAGCAUAUGCUUUCAAACAGGCCCCAGGCCAGUCAGUCUUCAGCUUAAGCAAGGAGAAUGUUCCAGCGGGUACCAACAAAGAGAACCUGGGACUGCCUGUCGCGACUUCAUUCCUUGAGCCGACUCUGGGAGGCGAUGGCCCUGCCAUAACUUUUGGUAAAACCCAAGAGGAGCCCAAACCAUUUUGUGUAGGCAGUGCUCCCCCAUCGAGUGUGGAUGGCACCCCCCCCACCUAUACCAAAGAUGGAUCUGAUGAUGCCGAAUCAAAUGAUGGCAAAGUUCUGAAACCGAAGCCAUCCAAACUGGCAAAAAGAAUCGCAAACUCCGCUGGUUACGUUGGUGACCGAUUCAAGUGUGUCACUACCGAACUGUACGCGGAUUCCAGUCAGCUCAGCCGAGAACAGCGGGCAUUGCAGAUGGAAGGAUUACAAGAGGACAGUAUUUUAUGUCUACCCGCUGCUUACUGUGAGCGUGCAAUGAUGCGCUUCUCUGAGUUGGAGAUGAAAGAGCGAGAAGGUGGCCACCCAGCAGCCAAAGACUCCGAGGUGUGCAAAUUCAGCCCAGCAGACUGGGAGAGGCUGAAGGGAAAUCAGGACAAAAAGCCAAAGUCGGUCGCCCUGGAGGAGGCCAUUGCUGACCAGAAUGACAGUGAGAGAUGCGAGUAUAGUGCUGGGAAUAAACUUGAUCCCUUUGAAGCCCAAGAAGACAAAGAUCUUCCUGUGGAGAAGUUUUUCGUGGAGAGGCAGCCUCUGAGCGAGCCGCCCACUGACCCGGUGGCUGUGGACAUGCCUCACAGUCCCACCCUCCGACUGGACAGAAAACGCAAAGUCUCAGGUGACAGCAUCCAAACUGAGACCGCUGUGGAAGACAUGCCAGAGGACCCCCUGCUAAAAGCCAAGCGAAGACGAGUCUCGAAAGAUGACUGGCCUGAGAGGGAAAUGACAAACAAUUCCUCUAACCACUUAGAAGACCCACAUUAUAAUGAGCUGACCAACCUGAAGGUGUGCAUUGAAUUAACAGGGCUCCAUCCUAAAAAGCAACGCCACUUGCUGCAUCUUAGAGAACGCUGGGAGCACCAAGUGUCACCAGCAGAGAGCAAACCUGGCCGACAAAACAGGAAGGAAGUGACCCAGGCAGUUCAGCCUGAGGUCACUGCCCAGGGGAAUAACAUCACCGAAGAGAAACCCGGCAGGAAAAGAUCAGAGGCCAAAGGCAAUAGAAGCUGGUCGGAAGAGUCCCUCAAACCCAACGACAAUGAACAAGGUUUGCCUAUGUUCUCCGGCUCUCCGCCCAUGAAGAGCCUUUCAUCCACCAAUGCAAACGGCAAAAAGCAGACCCAGCCAAGCUGUACGCCAGCCUCGAGGCCGCCUGCCAAACAGCAGAAAAUUAAAGAAAGCCAGAAGACAGAUGUGCUGUGCACAGACGAAGACGAGGAUUGCCAGGCCGCCUCCCUGCUGCAGAAAUACGCCGACACCAGCGAGAAGCCAUCCGGGAAGAGACUGUGCAAAACCAAGCACUUGAUACCUCAGGAACCCAGGCGAGGGUUGUCACUGACAGGGGACUACUACGUGGAGAAUGCUGACGGCAAGGUGACCGUCCGGAGAUUCCGCAAGCGACCAGAGCCCACUUCAGACUAUGAUCUGUCACCAGCCAAGCAGGAGCAGAAGCCCUUCGACCGUUUGCAACAAUUUCUCCCAGCUUCCCAGUCGUCGCAGCUGCCGUGUGCAACUUCCCCUCAAGAGACAACCCAGUCGCGCCCGAUGCCACCGGAAGCCCGGAGACUGAUCGUCAAUAAGAAUGCUGGCGAGACUCUCCUGCAGCGGGCCGCGAGGCUUGGCUACGAGGAAGUGGUCUUGUACUGCCUGGAGAACAAGAUUUGCGACGUGAAUCAUCGAGACAACGCAGGUUACUGUGCCCUGCAUGAAGCUUGUGCAAGGGGCUGGCUCAACAUCGUGCGACACCUGCUAGAAUAUGGCGCUGACGUCAACUGCAGUGCCCAGGAUGGAACCAGGCCUCUCCAUGAUGCAGUCGAGAAUGAUCACUUGGAAAUUGUCCGCCUGCUCCUUUCCUAUGGUGCUGACCCCACUCUGGCUACAUACUCAGGUAGAACCAUCAUGAAAAUGACUCACAGCGAACUUAUGGAAAGGUUUUUAACAGAUUAUUUAAAUGACCUUCAGGGUCGCAGUGACGAUGACUCCAAUGGGUCUUGGGACUUCUAUGGCAGCUCUGUGUGUGAACCCAAUGAUGAAAGUGGAUAUGAUGUUUUGGCACACCCACCAGGACCAGAGGACCUGGAUGAUGAUGAUGAUGCCUAUAGCGAUGUGUUUGAAUUUGAAUUUUCAGAAAGCCCCCUCUUACCGUGUUACAACAUCCAAGUGUCUGUCUCUCAGGGGCCACGAAAUUGGCUAUUGCUUUCAGAUGUGCUUAAGAAAUUGAAAAUGUCAUCCCGCAUAUUCCGCUGCAAUUUUCCAAAUGUGGAAAUUGUCACAAUUGCAGAGGCAGAGUUUUACCGUCAGGUUUCAGCAAGUCUGUUGUUCUCUUGCUCCAAAGACCUGGAAGCCUUCAACCCCGAAAGCAAGGAGCUGUUAGACCUGGUGGAAUUCACGAGCGAGCUGCAGACUCUGCUCGGCUCCUCUGUGGAGUGGCUACACCCCAGCGACAUGACCUCGGAUGACUACUGGUGAGCGCACCAGGCCUGCCGUGUACAGUGUGUCAUAGUGUUAAUCCUUGUGCAUAUGUGUCAUAAUACGACUAUUUCUGUAAAGAAAGGACACUAUUACAUAUGAAAAUAUCUCUUCUUUAUAUAAGAGAAAUGACUCCAAUUGGAAGGACUUUGAAACAUGUUUUUUUCUUUUUAAACUUCAGUCAGUUUUUAUGAAAUUGUUAUGAUGUUUCUUUACUUUUAAAUGCACACACGUUUUGGGAUAUGUUUGUUUUUACUUCGAACAUUUUUUUUUUUCCUUUUCUUGUCUUUUCUUUUUUAAGGAGAAAAAAAAUGAGGACAAGAAACUCCACACUUUGACUUUAUUUCAUACAAAGCUCUGAGGACAGAAGCUGUAGCUGUUAAAAGUGUGGUCAGGAUUGUGUGGCUGGUUUUGGGGGAGCGAAUUGGGUAAAGGCACUUGGUGAUGUAAUUUUAUGUUUUGUUUACAGAGUACCUGCUCGGGCCAGGUAAAUGCUAUUGGAUGUAAUCCAGUAGUGUGUAAUAUAAAUUAAAACCAUUUCCACACACAACAACUAAUUGUAUGAAACUUUUAUAUCCUAAUUUAAAAGCUGUGAAAUUAGUUUUCACGCAUCAAACCGGAUUGUUUAUAUGUUUAAACAUUUUAUGCUCUUAUUUAAAGAAGACUUUGAGCUAUUUUUUCUGUACCCUGUAAAAUAUUGAAAACUAACAAUAAUUAUGUUGAGGUUGCUUGAAAAUGUACAUAAAACUAAAAUUUUCUGAAUUGUGUGUUUAUGUUUGAAAUCUGUGUUUUAACUUUGUAAGUAAAUUCUCUGCCUUUGUAUUUAUAUUUUACAAAAAUUUUCUUAAAAGGCAAUAAACCUGUUGAGGAAAGGAGAAAAUUGAA